UUGAGAAAUGCUAAUCGUCCGCGUUCCAUUCCUUAGAGAUAGUGAAGGGUAUUUGUGUUUACGGUAAGAUUUUUGGCAGUUUUUCGUCGUUGAAUCCACGUUUCAGCUCAGUUGUCAGAGAAUUAAGUAGAAGUACAAGGAAAGUGGUUUUGUAUAGCGUUUAAGAGUAGGAAAACUGAGUUUUAAUUACGCAUUUUGGGGUGAAAAGUUCGGGAAACUUUGGUCGUCAUGGCGGACACUGAGAGGAGACGUCCCAUCAUCGGAGCCAUGUUCCGUGGCCCGGGGCCCGCUGCUUAUUAUUUACCUGGAACUACAGGCUACAUCGGACACGAUUCUUCAAAAUUCCAGAAACCAGCUUACAGUUUUGGCUCGAGAACGUGGAAAAAUCAACAGUUAACAGGACCUGGUCCCAAGUACAAAAUAGAAGAUGUUACACGAUUCGGAAUGGAAGGGACACCGAAGUACACUCUCCACUCACGAACAAACUUGCAAGGGAAAUUCCAGACUCCGGCCCCAUGGGAUUACAAGGCAGAGAAAAAGCCGGUAUUUAAACAUGCCUUUCCCCCACAAUAUUCCUUUGGCUUACGUACUCCAUAUGGAAAGCAGGACAACAACCCAGCCCCGAACAACUACAACAUGCCAUCAAUUGUUGGUCCCAAGGCUGUAGGAAAGAAGUCUUCAGCUGCCUUCUCUAUGACAAGUAGAUCGAAGAUUGGAAGUUUUCAUGAGGAUUUGAAGAAGACUCCUGGACCAGGCACAUAUAAAGUGACUGAUCCAAAUAUCUACAGGAACAGAAAACCCAUCUUUUCCAUGACUGCUCGUAACAAUGCACCAGGUGACCGAACCCUAAAACCAGGACCUGGAGCCCACAGACCAGAACUGUGCUAUUCCACGUUCAAGAAACAACCCUCUUUCUACUUUGGCCAGAGGUGGUCUGAAUAUGUUGCGCCAUUAAUUGUCGACCCUGUUGAUUAACAGAGAUUCAUGGCUGGUAGCCAUUAUAUUGUUAGUACUUACAAACUCUGAUGCAUGCAGAUCAGGAAAUUUUCUUUUCAAGCUAGCCUGGGCUUUCUGAUUAACCGUUUAACUCCCAUGAGUGACCAAGACAGAGUUUCACCUUACAGUGCCAAUAUAGAAUCAAGCAGACGCGUGAAGAGAAUGACAAAAGGAAGGAAACUGGAGAUUCUGUAAAGGCUGUUGCAUUUGAUAUCCCUGGAAAUGUAUAAGUAUCUUGAAAUUUAAUAGCAUCCUAUACAUGCCAUAGAAUUUCUUCUCAAAAAGGUUGGCAGGUAUGAAGAAUUAUAAUUGUUUUUAAUUUCCAGAAAGUAACCAUUAACCUUAAAUUGCAAUUUAUGGCUGUAAGGGUUUCUGGAAACUUCCAACUUAAUCUCUUUUGUGUUUCUAAGUACAAGUAUUUCUAAAGUAGUGUUAAGUAUUUUCCACAGCAGUAUCAAGUGUUUGCCUUUUUCUAGGGUGUAUUGUUAUUGUCAGGGACUAAACAUCAACAGUUGCAUAAAUAAAUUUUUGUCCAAUGUGUUAAUUAAAAGUAGUUCACACAGCAAGAUUUGAAGCCAGGAAAUGUUGCAUUUUGACAAAAUUGGUUUUUCCUUUUUGUGCUGCAGCUUGUAUUAUGAGCAGACAAUAAGAGAAUAGCUUUUUUUGAAAGUGGGUUCUCAUUUUUAGUUGUUUUAUGUUUUUUAUAUAUUAAAGAUAGAGAGAGAGAAAGUCAAAGAGGUUGUCUCCUCAGAAAAAAACUUAAUAUAUGUGUGCAAAGCUUGAAUCAAAAUGAUCAUAACCCUUGCUACCAGUUGGGUUUCUCUUUGCUCUCAACCAACUAUCCAUAGGAAAGAACAGUUAGAUUGGGUGUGAAGCUUGUUCACACUUGUAGAACACAGAAAACACUGACCGUUAAUACAAAGGUAAUAUCAGUGUAACUUUUGAAAUGCAAGGUCUUACUAAAACUGUACUGUAAGCUAGUUUGGAAACAAGUCAAGAGAAAUUUUUUUUUUAAGUUUGUCAAGGUAUUGUCAGUAAUAAUCAAGAAGAUAGACUGAUACUCAUCCAUCUUUUUUUCAUCACUCAAAAUCACCAGGCGAUAAUCAAACUGUUGAACCAAAAGUUGGAUUGAAUUUUUUGAGUUAGCAGAGAACACAAAUUUUCUUACUACUUUGUCCCAGCUUGUGUUUCUGAAAGACACUGAACACAGCAUUGCAAUGAUUUCAGUGCAGUAAAAAGAUGGACCUGUCAAUCUAUGUUUUUGUUUUUAGAUCUUCAGUACUUUUCAACCUAAGUGUUCCAAAAAACGUAUCAAAGUAUAUAUCAUUUUUAUUUUGUAAUUUGUAAGUAUGCCAAAUGUUUUUGUAAAAAUUAACUUUCAUCUA